CAUGUCACAACCAGAUACUAAAGACUAAAACCGCCCUAUAAUAUCAACUCCCACCAAUAUGUCCGCCCAGAGGGACCAGGAAAUUCUCAUUACCGGAGCUUCUGGUUUCGUCGCGACGCAUGUUAUCAAAUCUUUUCUUGAGCAUGGCUAUCGAGUCCGUGGCACAGUCCGAUCUGAGCAGUCAGCUGCCAAUGUGCGCGGCAUCUUUUCUCAAUAUUCUGAUCGGUUGUCCUUCGCUAUUGUUAAGGAUAUAGCGCAGCCUGGAGCUUUUGAAGAGGCAGUAAAGGAAGUAGACGGGAUCAUUCAUACCGCCUCUCCUGUUAAGUCUGUGGUUGAGGACCAGGAAAAGGACCUUCUCCAGCCUGCAAUUCGUGGGACCCUUGAAAUUCUUCAAGCUGCGCAGGCGCAUUCACGCAUCACUCGAGUAGUGAUUACUUCGUCCUUUGCCGCUAUGGCCAACCUGUAUAAAGGACUAUGGCCUGAGCACACAUACACCGAGGCCGAUUGGAAUCCCGAAACGUACGAAAACGCUAGGACAGCCGAUGGUGUGAGCGCAUAUUGCGCUUCUAAAGCGUUCGCUGAGAAGGCUGCCUGGGAUUUCAUGGAAAAAGAGAAGCCCCAUUUCAGCUUAGCAACUAUUUGCCCGCCUAUGAUUUACGGCCCAGUCGAGCAGUGCGUUCAAGAUAUGAGCAAGUUGAACACCAGCGCUGCUGAUAUCUACCGGCUGAUGAAUGGUAGUAUAACUGAAGUGCCAGUAAUGGGGUUUCCUGCUUGGGCCGAUGUCCGUGAUGUCGCCGAUGCUCACCUUCGAGCAUUUCAGAUCAAUGAAGCUAUGAAUGAACGGUUCUUCAUUACUUCAGGUAACUACAACUACCAGGAAGUGUGCGAAAUCUUGCGCGCAAGCUUUCCUCAGAUUAAGGAUAAAGUUCCACAUAGUCAGAUCGGACAAACCCAACCAGCCGUUUACAAAGUUUCUAAUCAGAAGGCUCAAUCAGUGCUUGGGAUGCAAUUCCGGUCAUUGGAGAGCAGUAUUAAGGAUACUGCCGAAAGCUUACUUACACUGAAAAAGAAGCUGGAGAAUUGAGAAUCUUAUACGGUAGUGAAGGGACAACAGAAAGGAGUCCAAAGGUGGACGGGUCAGUUUUGGACCUGACCCGACCCGUCUACUUACAAGUUAUAGUACGAUACUUAUUUGUGCUCGAAAUAAUCGUUGAUUGGAAAUCUGAUCGCAGUUUCAUCUGCUCGAACUUGCUGGCUGGCCAAGAAUAUUUCCUAGCAACCUUCUCGGAUUCGUGCUUUAGAGACUUCUCCCAGUAGGCGCUGGGAGCGAAGACCGGAUUCUGUUCAGUAUCGUUCACCUCCAC